AUGGAUGACGAUGGGUUUCGCAACUGGGGUUACUACGAACCAGCGGCCGCUACAUUUAAAGGUAAUCUCGGUUUGCAGCUAAUGUCAACCAUCGAUCGGAACACUAAACCGUUUUUACCCGGGCGAGACCCGAAUCUUAUGAUCGGUCAAAACGGGUCAUACCACCCUGAGCCACCAAUCCACAUGAGCUACAAUUGGAUUAACCAGCAGAAGGACAAGUUCUUCAACAUGCUGCCUGUAACAACCGCUCCUAAUUACGGGAACGUCCUCCCGGAGACCUCGUCUGCUCCGUCCAUGCAGAUGAAUCUCCACCACCAUCACCAUCAAACCGAGGAAAACCCGGUUAAGUGUGAAGAAGAGAUUGUUCUUCAGACUAAGAAGCGGAAGCCUAAUUCGAAAGCCGGAUCUACCACGACAAAGGCGAAGAAGCCACGGAAACCGAAAGAAGAGAACGGUAACAGCAACACGAAUGUUUCAAGAGUUAAACCGGCGAAGAAGAGUGUUGAUUUGGUGAUCAACGGAGUGAGUAUGGACAUUUCCGGUCUUCCUGUUCCGAUCUGCACAUGCACCGGAGCUCCUCAGCAGUGUUACCGUUGGGGAUGCGGCGGUUGGCAGUCGGCGUGUUGCACGACGAACAUAUCGAUGCAUCCUUUGCCGAUGAGUACUAAGCGCCGUGGAGCGAGGAUCUCAGGGAGGAAGAUGAGCCAAGGAGCGUUUAAGAAGGUUCUUGAGAAACUUGCUUCUGAUGGGUUUAACUUUGGGAACCCGAUUGAUCUUAAGAGCCAUUGGGCGAGGCAUGGAACUAACAAGUUCGUCACGAUCAGAUGA